CAGAUUAACUAUAUUGGAAACAUUCGGAUUAUACGUGAGAGGGAAUUCUCUUUUACUUCUAUGUACUUGUGUUAACAUUUUCGAACGUUUAAACAUAACAGUGGGUAUGGUGAGCUUAUUUAAGCAUGAUAAGUGAGGAUAUCUAAGUUACAUCUUAAGAACAAUGAAAAGUGAAUUACUACCGUAAAGUGUGACAUACUUGAUCCGAAGGAUAUACAUGUCAAAAUUAAAAUAUAUAUUUUUUUAAUUAUGUUAAUUUAUUGGCAAAAACAGAAGAUAUAACUGCCGAUGGCAAUUAAGAUGUUUUUAUAAGUGAAUAAUGCUUCAAUGGCUAUGAUGUAUUGUUUAACAGCGGUAUAUUGCUUCAGGCGACUUUUUACAAACGUUAUAAGUUGACACUGUGCGACAGACUGCAUUUAUACACACGUGAUGACUUGUGGUGAAAGUGUGUAUAUAUAUUUACCUUUGAGAAGUAUAUCUUACUUUUAAAGCUAAGGUUUAAUUUUGUUUGGAUAAAUAAGUGAAUCCGUUAUACAUGUAAAUUAUUAUUUCCGUGACUGGAGUUUAAACAAUUGGAGUUUGGAUUCGUGAUUGGUAUUUCUUGAGGAAUGGAGAACUUUAAACGCGCUCGCAAAAAUGUGAUUAGGGACUAUGUUGGGUUGGGGUUCAACCCAGACAAAUAUGUGUUCCAAACUUUGUUGACAUUAGCCAUGUCCUUUAUGGUAGCUUAUUCCAUAGCGACAUCGGUUCCAGCUUGGUACGUCCUCGAGGAGCAGACGACAAAUUUCAGCACGUGCGCACGAGCCGACAGUUACGUAGCCACUCACGUUCGAAAGGCAUGGAAAGGGGGAGUUACAACGGUAUACAUCAAAGCGAGUUUGUGGUACUUAAAUAUUUAUGUGGACAGUCCAGAAAAUAAUGCUCAUGUAUUCAUGCCGUUUGUGUUUGCUCACAGAGAACCCGUGCAGCAGUACAUUCAAGACGGGCUACUGGUUGAGAGCAUCCUGCCAAAGAGCCUGUCCACAGUACUGACGUUUGUCUUCCUCGUGCUCGGUAUCAUUUGCACGUGCUGCGCGUCAAGUCGUCCCUCCAGGCUCGUGUACUAUGGCCUCUCCACCAUCAUGAUUGUGGCAUCUAUAACGUGCUGGGUAACGGUAGCGGUGACGGCCAGCGAGCAAUAUCUCCUAUCCACCGCCGCCGACUUGUGUGUUCAUCGGGGCAUCGUCAAGACGUCAUUUUUGCUUCAGAUGGUUUCAGGCUCAGCUGGAAUCUUAGCGUUUGCAUUCGGCUGUGUUUUAAUCCAUGUGGCUGUGCUCAUCAGCGAAAAAGCGCGCGUCGAGAGACAAAAUGGCGAACAAGAUGGCUGCCAAACACCAAUAACAGACAAAAUUCAGUAUAUGUACGAAAUGAAGGGAUCAACGUAUGGUGCUCAAGAGAAAAACAUGCAAUUUGCGAUUUAAAAUCAGUGGACAAUGUCUCAAAAUAUCUUAUUUUUGAUAAGAGACCAUUAUUUCGAUAUUAAACCAGUCCUGAUUACAGAGUGGUAAAACGUUAAGCCAUAUACAUGCAAAUAUAAAGUACCCAAAGGUACAAAGGUACGACGUAGCUUCAUGACAUAGUCGAUUGGAACACAGAGGCAGGGUACGUUGUUUUUACACACCACGCCCCCCCCCCAAUUUUCAUUUAUAAGUACAUGUAUAAAUAGUAUGGUGUAACUGUAACUUGUGAUAAUUUACAAAAACUUCUUUAUUUUUUUUAUUGUAUUAUCUAUACAAAUAUAAUAUAAUAUAUAUUCUCGUAUAUAUAAAUUUGCAAGUUAUCACAAGUUACAGUCUCCCCAUCAUAUUAAUACUAAUAAAUGAUAAAAAGGGGGGCGUGGUGUGUCAAAACAAUGCAACCUGCCCCUGUGGAUGGGAACACAUCAUUUUGACAUUCAUCAUAUACAUGCUUACAAUCAGAGGCUUAAUAAAUAGAGCACGCCAAUUGCCGUCAGGACCGUUAUGCAGGCUUAAUUUUAUGGUCUGUAUAUGUAGCAAAUCAAUAGACAAUAAUUUUAAUAGUUGCUUUCAGCCAGUCGCUUAUUAUAGAGAGCGUCAUAGCAUGGCCACAGGGACACAUGUUGCUUCAAACUUCAUUGAAGAUGUUAAUGGUUUUCAAACAAAUAUACGUCAAAUCGAAGGAUCUCACAUUUAUGAAUCUCAGCGUAUCGCUAUUUUGUUUGAUGCGACAUAAAAAUGUUUAUCUUUAUUGUACAUCAUAUCAAUUGUUCUAGUAAACCAAAAUGGUAUUUAAUAUUCUGUAGUGAAAAGUAUAUUUAUACAUAUAAUUUAUAUAUAUUGUUUGCGGCAACCAGAUUAUACUGCUAUCUAGACUUGAAUAUAUCAAACACAAUGUAUGUUAACAGAACAUUCCUAGUUAAGUCUUUGAUAGUUAGUUGUGAUGGUUGAACAAAUUGUCCGCAUUAUUAGAGAAAUUGAUAAUUCAUGAUUUAUCUUAAAUCAUGUCUUUGUUAUUUAAAUGUGGUGGUAAUUAAAGAAGUCCAACUUCAACACAAAAAUGUGAAUGUUGAGCAGACCAUUCCAAAUUGUGUCGAUGUUGCUCAAAUAUGAAAGUUAAGCUAACCAUUCCACAUUGCGUCUUUCAUAAGUAAAUUGUUCACAAAAAAAGUUAAGCAAACCAUUCCAAAUUGUGUCUUUGAUAAGUACAUUGUUAACAUGAAAGUUGAGCAGACCAUUCCAAAUUGUGUCUUUGAUAAGUACAUUGUUGACAUGAAAGUUGAGCAGACCAUUCCAAAUUGUGUCUUUGAUAAGUACAUUGUUAACAUGAAAGUUAAGCAGAACAUACCAAAUUGUGUCUUUGUUACUUAAAUAUGAAAAUUAAGCAAACCAUUCCAAAUUGUGUCUUUCUUACUUAAAUAUGAAAAUUAAGCAAACCAUUCCAAAUUGUGUCUUUCUUACUUAAAUAUGAAAGUUAAGCAAACCAUUCCAAAUUGUGUCUUUGAUAAGUACAUUGUUAACAUGAAAGUUGAGCAAACCAAUCCAAAAUGUGUCUUUGAUAAGUACAUUGUUAACAUGAAAGUUGAGCAGAUCACUCCAAAUUGUGUCUUUGAUAAGUUCAUUGUUAACAUAAAACUUAAGCAGACCAUUCCAUAUUGUGUCUUUGAUUAGUUCAUUGUUAACAUGAAAGUUGAGCAGAUCACCCCAAAUUGUGUCUUUGAAAAGUCCAUUGUUAACAUGAAAGUUGAGCAGACCACUCCAAAUUGUGUCUUUGAUAAGUCCAUUGUUAACAUGAAAGUUGAGCAGAUCACUCCAAAUUGUGUCUUUGAAAAGUCCAUUGUUAACAUGAAAGUUGAGCAGACCACGCCAAAUUGUGUCUUUGAUAAGUCCAUUGUUAACAUGGAAGUUGAGCAGACCACUCCAAAUUGUGUCUUUCAUAAGUAAAUUGUUAACAUGAAAAUUGAGUAGUACAUUCCAAAUUGUGUCUUUGUUACUGAAAUAUGAAAGUUAAGCAAACCAUUCCAAAUUGUGAUAAGUAAACCUGAAAGUUGAGUAUAGAAUUGCUUAAUAUGAUGUCUUUGAGUUAGUGAGAAGGUUGACAAUGAAGAAUAUGAUCAGUAUCUUUGUCAAAGAUUGUGUGGAAUGAUCUAAAAAAGCAUUGAAAACUGUAUGAAAACCAUUAUUUUUAUUUAAAUGGUCAAGUCUCAUAAUCCAUUCAAGACUGACCUUUUGUGUUUGAACCAGGGAUGUUUGCUGGCCCAAGCAUGCUGUCCCACCACGCCAGCAGGGUCUAUGAUGUUUUCCCGUGUUUGUUUUUGUUAAUUUGAACUCUUAAGUGCUUAAGGAUUAUCCCCACAUAUCUUAUACUAAAGAAAGCACGUUUCCUGAAUAUGAUGUCCAGGGCCUGGGCCACAGGGGCAGGAUGCAUGGCUUUGCCACACCCAUAUGAUCCCCCGCUAAGAUAAACUAAAAAGGCAAAAAUGUUCCAAGGUUUAUAACUGAUAAAUGGGCAACUCUAACUAGUACUGAACUACAAGCAAAAAAAAACUUUUAAGACGUCGGGUUUGGGGUAUGUGGCUAUAUAGAGGUUUGGCAUAACUAACCAACCUGUUGUUUGGGGCCUAAAGUACUAUGCCUUCAUAACGUAUGUGGAGUUACGGCAUCCAUUAUUGCCUUAAGUGCCUUUAAAAAAGGUGAUAAUCAUAUAAAAUCGUAUUGUUUGUAUACUUGUGCUUCAUUUCUCCCUCUGGUUGCAGAAUCUCUUUCUUUUAUCAGUAUCGAUAUUGUUGCGAUUUGAUCAUUAUUUGCAACAGUUCGAACUAUCAAGGAGGAUUUAUUGGAAUGGCAUUACUAUCAUUAUACCAGUAUUUACUUUUAAUUUUAUUGACUAUAGUUUUGUUUCCAUUAUGGUGUUUGUUUUAAAAAUGAUUAAAUAACCCCAAACAUUAUACUUUGGGUAAGUUCAUGCUUGACUACGCAAAAUACACAGAUAUGAUAAAUGACAUGUAUGCUGUGUUGUCUGCAACAUUACAGUAACGACUUAAAGUCGUAAAGACCGCAAUCCCGCAGUCCUGCCUUUAAUGAUCUAUCAUUAGCUUAGCUACCGCUCCAACAGUUCAUAUACGCCUGUGACAGUCAUACUUAGAAUCUAGUCACUUACAACCAUAUAAUAUUAUAUGCAUUUUUGGUGAAGAGAUUUUUGUAACUUAUUAAGAGUAUCUUGUUUAUGCUAAUAAAAAUGUAUAACAUUA